UAUAUAUAUAUAUAUAUAUAUAUAUAUAUAUAACUCGCCCUCAGAUUUUCUUCGUCACCACCGUUUCAUAUUUUCCACUCUCUCUCUCUCCUCUCUCUCUCUCUCUCUAAAAGCAGACCCAAAUAGAAACAAAAUCGAGCAGGCAUGAGUGGCGCCGAGGAGGAGUGGGUGAGCGCCGCCAUCGCAGAUGACACUAUGGUGGCGGAGUUCCUCGUGCGCCUCCACGGGGCGGCGCCGCCGCCGCCGCCGAAGCCGGCGGCCUUGCCGCGGCUGGAGUGGAGCGUGCGCCAGCGAAGGUCGAGAGUACCCGUGGCAGCAGUCAACAACAACCACCCGAAGAAGCACCACGAACAGAGGGCCAGCCCCACCACGCCGCUUUCAUGGAGCGGCGCCACCUCCCCCAGCGGCGGCUCUGCCGGAUCUGGCGGCGCCGCCGCCGUAGACGGACGCGAAGACUCGAGCGGACCACCCGCCCGGAAUCUCUCCGCCACCGCAAGAUCUAAGGUUAACGGGGAUAGCGAAAAAACGGGAUUAAAGAGGUCAAGAAAGAAGAAGACUUUAGCAGAACUCAAAGACGAAGAAAACUCGUUGAUAAAGGAAAGAAGAGAGUUGAAAAGGGAAAUAGUUGCCUUACGAGUGAAUUUGGAGAAACAGAGGGCUACAAACGAGAACUUGAAGAGAAUGAAGAUUGAGCUGCAACCCCGUUUGGAUAGGGAAAAAAUCCCCGAUCAACUUCAGCAGAAGUCAACCGACAAAGAUAUUGUUACACAACAGUCCUCGACAUCAAACAACGAUGUCGCGGGCCCCACGUUCGAUCCCAAGUUUGUGCUUCCGGAUUUAAAUAUCGCGUUCGAGGAGGAACCUCUUCUCUCCUGCUAAACAAAGCCAGAGACAAAUAUAUAUAACAAUAUAUAGAACAAAACGACAAGUAUAGUACUAUAUAAGGGGGCUAACCUCGGUUUAGGACAAACUGUACGGUCAACUAUAUGAUAGGGUUUAAUUACAAGUUGCAGCUUAACACAUUUCCAUGUGGUCUUGUAGUAGUGAAGGUAACUAGUUAGGAUGGUUAGGUUAGAGAUCCUAACUCAGCUUAUUAUGCAGCCACAUUACUCUUCUUUUUUUCUUUUUUUUUUUUUUUUAUUUUACUAUAAAUGUUUUGUUCUUGAGGAUUCUUUUUGUUCCUCUUUGGGGAUAAUUUAGAGACGAGAUGUAAGCCAUCUUAUGUAAGAAUAUGUAAUUUGGAUGAUGCAUUGAUUACUCUCUUCUAAUUAAUGGAGAGAUAAUUGGAGGGAGGGUAUUUUAGUCUUAA